UGGGUGUUUUGGCUCAGCCGCCUGACCGUAGCGGAGCCGGAAGUACGGGAGGGGGCGUUGAUUGGUUGCGAGCGCUGCCCGUCCCUCGCUUCGCUUGGGAACUGGCCGACUGAGUGGCCGCCAGCGGACGGGGUGCGGGUGAGCGAGUGAGACCACCAGGACCAUCACAAUGAGUCUACGGAAGCAAACCCCUAGUGACUUCUUAAAACAAAUUAUAGGAAGGCCUGUUGUUGUAAAGUUAAAUUCUGGAGUUGAUUAUCGAGGUGUCCUGGCUUGCCUGGAUGGGUAUAUGAACAUAGCUCUGGAGCAGACAGAAGAAUAUGUAAAUGGUCAAUUAAAGAACAAAUAUGGGGAUGCAUUUAUCCGAGGAAAUAAUGUUCUGUAUAUAAGCACACAGAAGAGGAGGAUGUGAAGAUGCCUAAAGAGAGAGGUUUUGUACGGCUGCAUUUUUUCCUAAAUGAUGAGAACUGUUUGAUUUGUAGUUAGUAAUUCUUGGUUGAAUAAUACAGCUGUUUAAAUAUUUGUUAUUUGCUGUAAAGCUGGUGUUAUUGUAGUGACUAUGGAGGGAAGAGUUUUUUUAAUUCCAAACUACCAGAACACAAUUGUAAACUUUUCUGAAAACGUCAGUUGUGAAAAAGUGCUUUGUUACACUGUGCAGAAUUAAAUAAAAAAUGGAAAAGUA